UCAUCACGUCAGCUGCGCUCUCGUACGUAGCGGUUGUUGUCAUUUCGCUACUGAGUCUUUGAGGAAAGCAGCUCGGACCGGCAGUGAACGGAGACGAUAGAAAUGUGGUUUUAAAACAGGGUUUCUCUUUUUACCAAGCGGACAGGACGUGCUUCCAACCACAUGAGCCGUCCGGAACGCAUACGUGCGUUUAACAACCAGAAGGAGAAGUCAGCCAGCAGCUAACCUAGCUCACCGGCUAGCUAGCAGCUUAGCGCCGCCGGCUGACAUUGGGAUGGCAUCUCCAUUCAAAAUCCCGAAGAAGAAACAGCCAGCAGGUUCUGACUCUGCCCGCCUGCACCUGCAGUCACCGCUGUCCCGCCUACAGAGCCCCGCCCCACAAUUUAAGUCUGGCAGAGGAGGAGCUGACAGGAUGUAUGCUGGGAACACGCUUGGCUCCUCUACAAACAGACAGAGAGGGCAGUGUAAACCUCUCUUCCGGGACGUGGUGAAAACGCUGCUGGGACUCAAUAGUCCGAACACAGGUGGAGCGCCAGCAGCCAAUUACAGAUCACCAGGAGGCUCAAAGAGCCAAUCACAGGUGGGACAGAGAAUGGAAUCGUCCUCGGCCUCGGCCUCACCCUCACCCUCAAACGGGUGGCGUCCUAAGAGAGCGUCAGACCGACUGCUGCAGUCUGAAGUGACCUCAGAGCGUCUGUCUCCACUGCAAAAGAAGAAAAGUGUUGAAUCCUCAGGUUCGUCCUCGUCGACCAAAAGCAUCUCUGUGGAGUCUGUGGACUCUCUGGCGGAGCUGCGAAGUGAGGAGCUCGCUGGGAGUCGGAGUCCUUCGACGCUGCGAGUGAGAGCAUGGAGGAGAGUCGGGUCCGGCGGAGACAUGACGAGAAGGGAUGCUGCUGAGGGGAAGUUGUCGAGGACGACGCCGGACGGGAGGCGGAGUCUGGACAGGAUGACGUGGAUCACCGCCAGCAGCAACCUGGAGGAGGAUCUGAGGGAGAGGGAGAGACGCAGGCGGAGUGAGUUCAGAGAGAGGAAGGGGGGGCCCAGACAGACCCCAGCAGAACCCAUCGUGCUAUCGAGUGAGGAGGAAGAGGAGGGUGAGGACGAUGGAGACGGAGCAAAGACCACAUCCCUAGGCAGCAGCAGCAGCCGGCCGGAAGAAUCCCGUCUAGGAAACUCAGGAAAGAUACAGGGUCGACAGGCCGGGACCGGAGCCGAAGGAGGUCUCGACAAGCCGCCGCUGACGCCGCCUUCGUUCCUGCAGCUGGACUUCGCCUCGCUCCACGCCGGCCUGACGCACGCCGACGCCGACGGGAGGAUGAUGAUCACUGAAAGCGGCAUCACUAUUCCUCUGAAAGGGGUCGAGGAGGGGGAGGUGACCGUGGUGGCGUCUCAGAUUCGGGGUUACGGUGUUUGGGAUGGAGGCGUGGCUCAGGGGGGGGCUCUGCUGGCCUGUUGGGAAGGUCCUGCCCCCUCGCUGCUCUUCCUGUGGGUGACGGACGCUCAGGCCAACCUGCUGCAGAGAGAGCUGCUGGCCAUCCAGACCUCCACCGCUUCAGGUCCGUCGUGCUCCUUCCUCCUGCUGGUGUUGAAGGAGCAGCUGCGAGAGCUCCAGGCCGCCCUGUUGGUCUCCAUCCUGGACAUGGAGGAGUACAGGGAGGGACGCUCGUCCUCCUCUGGUGGGCCGACCUCCCCUCUGGACUGGACCGACGGGCUGCUGCUCCUCCAUAGCUGUCCUCCUCCUCUGGACCAGCACCUCCUCGGACUGCUGGGACACUCUGCAGAGGAGUCCAGUCAGGUGAGAAGCAGCCAGAGAAAUAAGAAGUCCGACCUGAACUCCUCCGGUCUGCAGCAGCUUCCGACCCGGUUGAUCCAGUACCCUGCGGCGCCCUGUAAAGGCCGGAUCUCGGUGACGAAGGAGGACCUGGCCUGUUUGGACGGCGGCAAGUUCCUCAACGAUGUCAUCAUCGACUUCUACCUCAAGUAUCUCCUCCUGGAGGGAGUCGGCGGCUCCAGGGGCGAGCGGAGUCACGUCUUCAGCAGCUUCUUCUACAAACAGCUGAGCAGGCGGAGAGCCGCCGGAGAGGACGACGUCCCAUCUGUCCCCGAUCGUCACAUGAGGCAUCAGAGGGUAAAGACGUGGACUCGCCACGUCGACAUUUUCACCAAAGACUUCCUGUUCGUGCCUGUCAAUCAAGAAGCUCACUGGUACCUGGUGGUGGUGUGUUUCCCGGGUCUGGAGGAGGUUCAGUACGAGGAGUUUCCGAGGCGAACAGGUGGAUCAGAGCGAGCGGCGGGAAAACCCAACUUCAGUCUGAGACCACAACAACCACCAGAGUGCACUCAGCAGGGCCGGCAGAGGGACACAGUGUUGAAGAGGCCGUGCAUCCUCGUCAUGGACUCCCUGGAGCUGUCGUACCACGAGAACGUCUGCAGACUCCUCAGAGACUACCUGCAGGUGGAGUGGGAGGUCCGGAGGGGCACGCCUCGUCUCUUCACGCCGGACAACAUGAGGAGCUCCAGGUGCAGAGUCCCUCAGCAGGACAACAGCAGCGACUGCGGACUGUACCUGCUGCAGUACGUCGAGAGCUUCCUGCAGAAUCCCGUCGUGCACUUCGACCUCCCGUUGCGUUUGGACAACUGGUUCCCGCGGCAACGAGUGCGACAGAAGCGCGAGGAGAUUCGGAGUCUGAUAAUGAGGAUGCACCAGAAUCAGCAGAAGAAGAAAACUGAAACCACACCGACCAAAAAAACACCUACACCGAGCCGUUAAUUCACCUGUGCAAUAAAUUAUUUAUAUUUUUUAUAUAUAGUUAAUAAGAUUUAAUUUUACCGUCAAAUAAUUUUACAAGCUGCUAAAAUAAACUUUCUUACAUAACUUUCUAAGCUCACCAACCCAGAGCAUUUUCUCUUUUAUAAAAUAAAACAUAUUUAUUUUGAUUUAGAGCCAUUAGUCUGUUGUCAGAGCAAUGUGGCCCUUAUUUUGAAACCCAGACUGACUUAAAACAGGAUUUCAAUUUGCCAUAAAAUGUCUGACAAUAAAUAUUAAAUUGA